GCCCUGACUAAUGGGCUUAGGCACAAGUUAUACUGAAGCCGUUGCUCUCAUUGCCACUCAGAUUCUCGAGUUUGUUCGUGAUGGUGACAAGAGUGUGGCUGAAUUGAUGGACGUUGGCAAACAACUUUUGGGAAGGAGGCAGGUUUUUUCAUCGGUGCCAUAUUUAUUGGAUUCUGUUCAGUGCCUUCUAAUGAGGAACCCGAAAUGGAUGAUAAAACUGUUCCCGAUGAAGUGAUCCCAAAAGGUGGGACGAUUACACUUAAUUCCGGGAGGAGAGCAGUAAGCCUCAGAGUCACUAACAGUGGAGAUAGGCCGGU